GAUUGGCCAAAAGUUUUAGAUUUGAUUAGAUCAAUGUUGCACACAUACUGGGACGAAAUUGACUCGCGAUUUCUUGUAUUUUACUUAAAGCGCGGUCCUUAAAAGACUGUCUUAGGAGAAUCUUCUGAAAUUGGAUGAUGGCAAGCGAGGAGUGUGCCAGUUCGCCCUUCCACUACGUGCCAUGUUCACCAUUUUUGAUGACCAAAGCUGUGCCCCCGUCCAGACAUGUGCCUGAUGUUGACCACCUGCGUAGGAAGGUUCCAGAUCCACUGGACAGUCCUUUUGCGAUUCCACGUAUGAGGUCUGUCCCGUGCACACCAAAGUUUGCAACACCAAAAUCUACCCCACUGGAAAAUCAGCAAUUCAACAAAGUGCAGAAGAUUACAUCACCAAUGCCACAAGACCAAGAGGUACCCUGUACUCCAGCAGGUAACCGGGCGGACACCAGGACCCUGCCAGACGGGGCCUCGAGUCCCUGCAGUUCUCAGGGUACAUCAGGAGAGUCUACGAGUGGCAGACAACUCAGACAUGCUGCCAGGAAGUCCAACCUCACCAGCAAGCCGAGCCCUGGGACUCAAGAAAUUGAUCUCUUCUCCGGAGAGAAUGACUUUUUUGCAUGAACAGUAAAAAUGCGGAUGUUGUAUGUAGGACAAAAUUACGCGCAGUUCAACCAAUGAAAGCAUGGAAAUCUAAGUGUUUCAACCAAUGAAAGGGUUGGCUGCAUGUUCAUAAGAAAAGAAAUUUGUAUGUUUUUAUUUUACUUUUCAUAUGAGAGGAAAUUAGACUGAUUAAUAUGCUUAUUUUGUUUUGUGUUGUUUCAAUAUCUUUUUCGGUAAGAAUCUGAUUCAUACAUUCUCAUCUUUGUCUCAAAUUUGUGGGCAAUUUCUGAAUUAAUUAUUUGCUCAGAUCUCUCUGUAAAGACCAGUACAGCAGCUGAUUUGCACAAGUUACAUCACGUUUCUUUUCAUGGGGGAAUUGGUGGACACAAGAAUACCAUCCAUAUGAUAGAAUCCAUACGGCCUUAUGCUAGCAUGUGGAUGAUAGUUCUUUAUUUCUAUAUACAGAUGGUGUCUGCUGUAUUGAGUUCAGUGACUUGGCUGUAUAUGAGUGCUACUUCCACACAUAAAGGUGUCACAUUAGCCUAGUGCCAUCAUUUACCAUUUAGAAGAAUUAUAUCACUUUUCUAGUAAUUGAUAUCUGGUAGUGUUCUACCAGCCACAAACUACAUACAUGACAGGUAUU